AUGGGUAAAACACAGAGCAAAUCAUCAGGAGAUGUUGUAUUUCAGAACGAAUCUAGAUUUCCCCUGCAGUUUUCCAAUGCUUUAGUAAAUCACUUAGACUCAAAAGUAGAGUCAGAUGCAACUAGGGCAGCAUCUUUGGAAGAACAUAUUCAAGAAAGAGUAGCAGUAGAAAUAGAACGGUUACAUUCAAGAGAAAGAGACAUUUUAAUAGAAAUUGAGAAAGAAUUAAUAAGAAAAAAUGCAAAACGAGAAAAAGCGCAAGAAAAAUUGAAUAGUUUUAGUUUAAAAAAUGAAAUGUCAAAAUUAGAAGAAAAUAUAAAAGGGUUAUUUCAGAUAAGAAUGAUGGAUGAAAAAUUAUUAAAAAAAAAGGGAGAAGUGAUUGAUUGUUUAAAAGAAAAUGAACAAAAACCUCUUAAUUGCGAUGAGACGAUUAAGGCAUUUAGGAAAGAGGUAGAUUUAUUAAAAGAUGAAUUUAUCAAUAAAUAUCAGUGAUAAUUUAUUAAAAUCGAUGCUUUUUAUAAAUUUUUAAAUGAAAAUAAUUUUGAUUAUAUAGAUGUAUAUACGAUUAAAAACAUAUAUCAUACAACUAGAUAGUGGUAGGUAAUUCCAUAGCAGAAUAUAAAGCAAUAUAAGCAGUAUCAUUUUCACUUCCGCCAUCUAAGGUCUCUAUUUUAGAGCGAGGUAUUCUUAUCCAUGCUUGAUAAUGCCCAGAAUCAGCAGAUGCUAAAAAAAAUUAAGAAAUGAUAAAAAAAAGUAUAAUUUUACCUCCAGAAUGCGUUAAAAUCCCUAUUAAAUUAUAUAAACCAGACACAUUUGAACCUUCAUCAAUAGAUUUAAUAUCGACUAAUCUCCAUAAUUCCUUAAUCAUUUCAUUUAAAGAUUUCUCUAAAUAUUCAUAGGUAUCAUUAUCUAGAGAAGUUUUUACUUUUUUUCUAGUUUCUUUUUCUUCCAAGCUCUUAUUAAUAUUGCGCAAAAUAUCUCUUACUGGAAUCAAUUUAGAUUUUAAAUUGUCUUCACAGAAUUCACAUAUAUCUAAUUCAAAAGGAAACUUUACUUUUCGCAAAAUUUUUACUUUUUUGCGAAUAGAGAAUUUCCAAAAAAACCUUACAAAAUUAAUCUAUAUAAAUGUAAGAGAAACAUUAAGAAAAUCAAUAAAUGUUACAGUUAAAUACUUUGGAAGCCUAGAAAUCUUCGAGACUUUUAUAAAUGUAGCUUCUUUAUUUAAAAUUUCCGAGCGUUUAGUAAUUGUUUCUUUUAAACCUUCUUUUAAACCAUCAAUCAUAUAAUUAGUAUUCAUCCCAAUAUGACAAUUCAGCUUUAUAAAGUCUUCAUUAGAAAUAAUAGGAGGUUCAUCUUCACUUUCGGUGCAUUUUAUUUCAUUAAUAAGAGUUCCUACCAUAUACUUAUUAACAAAAGAUGGCGAAUCCCCAUUCAUAGGCAUAUGGGUCCUCAAAUUCUGAAUUAGCUGAGACCAACAUUCUUCUGCGUCUUGUUGACAGAAUCUGCCAUGAAUAUUAUCUCUUUCUGCAAAUUGAGGAAAUACUAUCCUAAGACACUAAAAAAAUAUUAGAAAAAUACUUCUCUAAAAGAGUUUAGAUUCGAAUUACUCCUAAAAAUAUAAGCGGUGAAAAAUCGCUAUAUAUAUUCAUAUUUCGAAAAACAUCAGAAAGAGAUUCUAUUAUAGUUCCUGAAUUAUCUAACUUUCGAGUCUUAUCUUGUGAAAUUCUAAAUAUUAAUAUUACAAUGACAGUUAAACAAAAAAAUAAAAUCACUUCUCUAAUUCUGAUUCAAGCUCAGGCAUAGAUUUAAGCAUUUGUAGUGUAGAGUUCAUAUAACACGUAUUCCCUAAGUUUUUAAGCCCUGAUGGCAAUGAAAGCUAUAAAAAGCACAAAUAAGUAAAUAAACAUAAAGUACAAUCAAUAUACUUUUUUAUG